AUGGCGCGCUUUGGCUUUGCAAACAAAAAAUAUGGAAAACAAGAUCCAAACCCACCAAAGCAUUCUCGUAAUUUCAACCCUUACUUAAUUGUAGGAAUUUCAGCCAUCCUUUGCUAUUUGAAUUCGUUGUUCGGCGAGUUCGUUUAUGAUGACUAUGAAGUUAUAGAGACCAACGCAGAUGUAAGGUAAGCCAACCGAAUCGGGUCUGUAAUUUUAAGCUCUUUUUGUUUACAACAUUGCGGUUACCACAAGCAGCAAAAUUUCGGACUUUUUCGAUGGGGAUAAAAUUGAAGUCAGCCAAAUAGAUGUAAGUAUUAAGUUUUUCAAAUACAAAACGAAUCUAACCAGACGGGGAGGUUUUCGUCGCAUUUUAGACUCGCAUUUUAAUAAAGGUGUAAUUUCACUGAUGACACAUGCCACAAUAACUUUUUAUGCUACAGGUUCAAUUAUUGUGAAUUUUGACAGAAAACCGUCUCAGGUGUUUAUUUCACCUUUUUGGCGCAGAGUGUGUUUGCCUAUAAAUUUAUUAUUUUUACCUCGUUAACUUAAAGGCGAAAAAUUAAAGACGGUUAUAUCGUACUUUUGUUAACCCAAGAUGACAGCAGUUUUCUUAACAUAAUUGUUUUUGACGUGUCUGAUGGACCCGGUCGUUUAAUCAUUUAAUAAAAUUUGGACACAAGAAUGCAACCUAGAGCGUAAAGGAAUAGAAAUUUGGUUAAUAUAUCCAGUUUUUUUAUUUUCAAGUGGAUAAAAAAAUCGAGAAACACGGAUAUUUAUUUUUAGCUAAAAUAGAUAUAUAAAAGUUUAUCGCUAUUGUGGUAUCGACAACAACUUUAAUACCUCAUGCAAAAUUGAUUUUCAAACAAAAUGCAAAUUUGCCCAAGUCAAAAAGGAAAAUAAAAUAAUGCUUCGUUUAUUAAAUGUCGGGGCCAAUCGAAGCGGCUUUUUUGGCUAUCCGAGCUAUUGUGCGUUAUGCUACCCGAUAUAAAGCAAUUUUCAAUGCACUAUUAAAAGUGUCAGCAAACCGCCGUAUUGAUCUGUUGAGCUCAGAGUUGCAAGACAAUUGUCUUAAAACUCUUUUCAUGCUUUUUACAGUCAGUCGGUUUCAUUAACAAAAAUAACUGAAUGCAACCGGUAAGUUACUUUUUUCAAAUUUACAUUUACAAGGAAGUCUAUGUCCAAAGCUUGUGAUAUAAGUCCUUAUUUGUUUUAGUUUAUUUACGUUUGUUCAGAAAACAUUUACCAUUUGCGAAAGAUAAACUUUUCUUUAUUAAAGGAAGUUAAAAAUAGACGAAUUUAAGCACGCCACUUGAGAUCUUUAAAAAACACCCAUUAAGCUAAUGGCUUAAUGACAUUUUUGUGAAGGGCUAAUUUCCUGGUUGUUUGUCUUAUCUGCAUCUGGGAUGGAGAUAGGGAAAUAGUUAGAAUUCCUUGCAGGCUCAAAUCAUGCAAUCAAUGCUUUGUGAUUCAUUGUUGGUUCAGAUAGCAACGCAGGAACAUCGUCAGUCUUUGACUCAAUUUCUACGCACCGUGCUAAGGCAAGUACGCUACUUUGUUAUUUCUUCGUAGCCUGCGUAGCGCUUACGUGUAGUUUUCUCUCGCGAUGUGUAGUUAUGGCUGAACCUCGGGUUUUGAUUUUGGGGCACUCCUUCAUCAGGCGUUUGCAUGAGUUGGUACGGCUGCCUACAAACGCUUUACGGGAGGAUUUUGACAUCCCCACCCCUAUGAACCUGCGCUGGCAUGGAGUAGGGGGACGAACUGUGGCCAAAGUCAUACGCUACGAUUUGGAGAUAGUCCGAAAAUUUUCGCCUGACAUUGUUAUUCUACAGUUGGGUACGAACGAUAUCAGUGAUCGUUCAAUCCGUUCUGCUCUGACUGUUGGUUCACAGUUAGAGUCAUCUCUCUGCGCAUCAAACCAGGCGCCAACAAACAGAUCACGCAAUUAGCUUUGUACACGAUGAUUGGCCCUAAACAAAAAGGUAAUUUAAUGUGAGCAAAUAAACCCGGAGAACGCAAAAAGAAAAACAGAAGACAAAGCGUUUAAAACCUUUAACAAAUCCAGCAAAAGGAACGAUAAGAAACUCACAGCAACACAGAUAUCUUUAUAUCUCCACUCCCCGCGUUUCUGCCAUUUCACGAAAAUGUAAGAUUCACUGUAAUUUAAAACUUCUGAACAUCUGGUUACUGACCUAUAUUCACCAACGCUUCGAAAAACAAAAGAGUUACAAAAAGAUUUCGACUUUAAUCUGGCAGUCCGUGAAAUGAUUAGGAGCUUAACUCAAAGCAAUAGCUAAAUCUAAGCGGGUUAUAGUGAGACUGUUUUUUUCAUGUGUCGAAUUCUAAUAUACACUGGCAAAUAAACGACCAUAUUGCCUUUCACCAUUUACGUAUCUACUUUGUUGUUCCUCUUUUUUUCUCUUGUAAUAAAUUGUAAAUUCUUGCAAAUGUAUAUGGUACACUCUUUUUUCUUUAUAAGAAUAUAUUUUAUAAGAAAAUCGAGGCUGAAAUUUUCGCAAUUUCAAGAAUAUUUUAAGAAUAAACCCAAGGCUGAGAUUAAAAAAGGAGGCUAUAGUUUCGUGUAUUGAAAAUCGGUAAAUACCAUUGCACAAUUAUACUAUGUUUUUAAUCGAACUUAUUGACAAAUAUUUAUGUUAACGACAGUUCGAUGAACUUUAAGCGUAAUAUAUAUAUAACGGUAUGGAGAAUCGUGAAAAAUUAUUUCUUUUUUAAGAAUGAUACAAGAAUAUUUUCAGACUGAAAACGACAGAAAAAUUAAAAUAUUCAGCCUUGGCGGGAAAACAACAUUCUUAUAAAAAACCAGUGUAGCAUCUGGUAAUAGUGCAAAACCAAAAAAAUCUGAAAUCUGAAUCCAAAACAAUUACAGCUACAAAGUGUGAAAUAAAAAAAGUGAAAAGUUUGGGAAAAUAUUAACAGUAUCUCCGCUUUUUUUACAGACCUUCAACUCCUUUCUCCAACUUGUUCACAAACGACUUUUGGGGCAUUCCAUUAAAACACAACGACUCGCACCAGUCUUACCGACCGAUCACGAUCCUUACUUUCCGUUGGAACUAUCUCUUUGGGGGCCUGAAUCCCAUUGGAUACCAUAUCAUCAAUGUCCUCCUUCACUCAACAGUCUCUGUAUUAUUUUUUCACAUUUGUACGAGAAUAUUUAAUUGUCACGUUUGUGCGCAGACUCGUUCGUUGUCAGUUUUAUGUGGCUUACUUUUCGCCUUCCACCCGAUUCACACCGAGGCGGUUUCAAACGUCGUGGGCCGAGCCGAUCUCCUCUGUGGAUUAUUUUACUUAUUAACAAUUUUAUCGUACAUAAACUGCUUCUCUGACGCAAGUACAUCCGAGGGAAAUAAAAGACAAGGGAGGUACUCAAAGCUUUGGCUGUUAUUGAGUAUAUUUUGGUGUAUCUUGGCUCUUUUCAGUAAAGAACAGGGUAUAACUGCCUUUGGAAUCUGUGUUGUAUACGAUGUUUUAUUCGACCGCAAGUUUAAUGGACAGAAUUUCUUCAAAGGCAACUUCUCCGUCUUGGCCGUGUUGAGGUAAGACAGGCUUAGUAACCCUUCGAAUUCCAGAAUACCUCGGGCGUUUUUUCAUGAUACCCUAUAAACUCGAGAGACUGGCCGACCAUCCCCCGUGUAAUCGCUGAAAAGUUACUAUUACUGUUACUGUCAGAGUAUUGUGACCUCAUUACAGAGAGCCUAGGGCGUUUUUUCAUGCUACCCUAUAAACUCGAGAGACUGGCCGACCACCCCCUACGUAAUCGCUGAAAAGUUACUAUUACUGUUACUGUUAGGGUAUUGUGAAUAGAACGUUUUUAGCAGGCGGAUGUGACCAUCGUAUGGGUCUGUGUAACUGAGCUACUCAUGUAAAAAAAGUACUUAACUUGAGUGUCAAUAAAUAAAGCACGAAAGUAUUAAUUGAAGACAGUAGGUCUCCUACUGGAGACCGGACCACUAUUUUAUGACGUGGUCAACUAAGCCACUCAAAAGUCUAGCCCUUGGCAGGAUAAAGGAUGUACCCUCAUUUCUCACCUCCCGUUCUGCAGUCAAACGCUCUGCCAACCGGAGCUAGCGCUAAUUCCACUGCGGUAUGAAAGCAGUAUUUUCCUGCAGUAAGGUGAUUAAUUUUGCAAAUAGUGCUUCUAAAUACGAGUUAUAUAGUAUGAGUGCUAUACUUGGGCUGAUUAAAUCUGUCUUUUACAUUUCAGAUCACGACCGAGGUGGCUUGUUCGCUUGUUCGAAAGAGCCUCCAUCCUUUCUAUUGCUGGUGUCGUCCUCCUUUAUUUGAGAAUAGUUGCUAUUUCUGGAGGACUUGUGGUGUCAUUUACUGAGUCUGACAAUCCAACAUUAUUUCAUCCUGAUUUCUGGACUCGCUUUAGAACAUAUUCUUACUUAUGCGCACUAAAUGCCCGUCUUCUUCUGUGUCCAAAUACUCUGUGCUAUGAUUGGUCAAUGGACAGCAUACCCCGGAUAGAAUCAUGGUGGGACAUGCGCAAUGUUGAAACGCUUGCCUUCGCUUUAAUCUUAGGCUGGCUGUGUUUUUACGGUAAGGUUUCUUUUCGAAAAGCGAUUUCGGUUUUCCAGUGACCAUUGUAACUGUCGUUCUGAUAAAUAUUUUUCUUUCUUACAGGUUUUAAGCCCUCGAACGAGCCAAUCUCAGUAUCUGCGAUAUCCAACCAGGACUGUUCGAAAUCACUUGCAUUAGAUUCGAAUGAAAAUACUAUUUACAAAAACCACAAGGCAAAGGAAACAAACCAACUUCGAGACAAAAAGGUGAGAAUAACUGAUUUAACGUCAUAAAUGUGGCGUCUUUCGUUUGGAUGUUUUUCGGCUGUAUUUCAACUGUGUAUUUCUAACUGAAAAGAUUGCUGGAACUAUCCUAAAGAAAAUCACGUACGGUUUAGGCCAGAAAAUGUAACAGGAUUUCAUUCAGAAGGUAACAAGCAAAGCCUCACCCCUACCCCUCAAAGGCGUAAUUUUCUGUCAGGUGCACACCCUCUCUCUAUCUUCCUUGCCGAUUAAUUUCCGAGCUGACGAUCUCAUUUAAUGCUCACUGACUUCAAUUUGGAAUCAAAAUGGAGUUUGUAUUGCCCAAAAGAACCCUGUGAUUUACUUUUGAAAUUCCUCCAGGUAAAUUUGGAUGGUUCUCAAAGGAAACGCAUUGUACUUUUGGCGUUAAGUAUGAUAAUCAUUCCAUUCAUACCAGCUACAAACCUCUUCUUUCCUGUUGGUUUUGUCAUCGCCGAGCGCAUUCUUUACAUUCCAAGCAUGGGAUUCUGUAUCUUGGUUUCACUCGGAAUCUUAGUUUCGUUCCGCGCGACAAAGAUUCCGAGUAGGAAGGAACUAUCAAUCCCGGCAGAACAUGAGGUAAGAACCUUAAGAGAACCAGCUCUGAUUGGUCCAUUGCAGAUACGUAGUUCACAGUGCUGUUCGUUGAUUGCAGGGCUCGGGCCAUAGUAUCCCUUCACACAACUCAUAUGCUUGUACUUACAGAAGUGCAAUCGGUGACAAAUAUUUUCAGAAGCAUUAUUCCGGCUAUGGGGAUAUAUUUAAUGAGGUAUAUACCAAAAGGCAGCAAUUAACUUAUUCCAAUGUUCUUUGAUUGGCUCGGGCCAUGGUAUACCCAUAUACUACUUAUACGCUUGUACUUAUAGAACUGCAAUCGGUGACCAGGGCAUUUCAAACUAGACUCUUACAUCUGGCUUAACAGCUUUUUAAACUGGCCACCAGCUCGUGCCAUACAUAUUUCCAUUUUUCAACAGAUCUGUAAAAGUUUUUAACUCCAGUAUUUCACAAAGAUACUCUGAUAUGUUCUACCAGAUUUCAAAAAGGUUACCCAUGUAGCCCGCGGUUUUGACUUAUAACAGCUGCAUUUAAGUCCAGCGUCUUUAAGUAGCACAAAGAGAAAACGACUUUGCCGAUAUCUUGGAAGCCUUUCAUUUGGAGAAGGGACAGCCAAUUUAGGAAAUCUUGUUCCUUUCCUGUUUUUCCUUCUUUAAACCAAACUCCUCAUUCAAAAGGCCAAUGCUGAUUACAUUUUUCAUGGGUUAUUCAGGAUACAACCAACAACGAUCAAAGAAUCACAAAAGAGGGAUCAGCAAACUGGAAUUUGAGUUUGAACAUGGCAGGCUGGAUCAUCGUCUACAGUCUUCUGUUGAUGUUUGUUUUAAAGACAGUUCACCGAAAUUCUGAAUGGCAGACAAAAGAAAGAUUGGCGAGAUCUGGACUAAAGGUUAAUCCUACGAACGCUAAGAUCCACGUCACAUUAGGAAAUUUUCUGGCAAAUAAGGUGUGUAUUAAUAAAAAGAUGGGUAAAUUACACUCCCCCCAAGUAGGCAGACUGCGGAGGAUAAAAAGACUAAGCGGGCACGUAAGCACCGAGUCUAGUUGAUCCCUGUUCAGUUCUCUUAUGAAGCCAUACCCCUAUUCGACUGCAGAUGUUUUUAAACGUAUUAUCUAUUUCGCCCGGCCCAAUAAUGUCCUUUACAAACUAUAAGGAAGGCUCAAUAAUUGACAGUAAGAUUCACCUUAUAAGUUGCUUUUCCAAAUUUUCAACUUCCAAUUUUAUAUUAGCCUGAGUACAGGAAAAUUCCGAUUUUUCCUGAGGGGAGGGGAGUCUGUACACAGGCUAAUUUUAUAUGUGAAAAAUUCCGUUUGCAGACACAAAAUUAUAGGUUAAUCAAGUUGUCGAUCGUAUCGUAGUGCUCACCUGCAUUGGUACACCUUUCUUUAUCAUGGUAUUAAAUCAUGUUAGUUAGUGCCUCUCCUCUUGUAAAUUGCUCAAAUCAAGGAUAUAUGUUGAGACGAUUCCUUUUUUCUUAUCAGGGGCUCUUGUCUUGUGAAAGUCAUUACCGUGAAGCAUUGCGACUAAGACCACAUUACGUCACAGCUUGGGAAAAUCUUGGACUUGUUCUUCUCAAUUCAGGUACGAAUACCACAGGGUCACCAGGUUCACCUUUCUCUUCAAAAUGUGUUUCCCUAUCCCUUAGUAAACGCUAAUUCUUGAUGUUUAUUCUUUUGCUUUCCUCCAGGCAGACCCGAGGAAGCGGAAAAGUGCUAUUUAAAAUCGCUAUCAAUUAAACCUAACAGUGCCGAUGGAAAUAUUAACCUGGCACAUUUGUUACGAGUGACUGAGCGUUUUCGCGAGGCGGAUAGCCAGUACCAAAAGGCAUUAACCCUUAGACCCAAUCAUCCACAGCUUAACUACUUCCAUGGUGUCGUCCUGGAAAAGCUUGGAAAUCGCAAGGUAUCGUGUCCUUUUUUCAGUUAAAAUAAUAUCAUUAUCAGAGAUUACAGAAAAUCUCCGACGUAGAGCCGAAGACAAGGCGGAUAGAGCUCGAAUAUGUGUUCAGUUUACCGUAUCGUAGCUCUGCUCAGAUAAAAACGCUAAGCUACUUACCACUGUCUACUGAUUGUUUAUUCCAUUAUUUUUGUGUCCUUUAAUUAGAGAAAUUUUCUUUUUGUUUGGCCUGCGAACGGCAGACGUUUCUCCUCUCUCAUCUUCGCUGAGGGACGUUCCUCCUUACAAAACGUCCCUCAGCGGCGAUGAGCAAGGAGAAACGUCUGCCGUUCCGCGGCAGGCUAGUUUUUGUGAAACUUAGUUGGAAACGUUAAUAUAGCAAAAUGUAUCAUUUUCUCAUAUAUUAGCUGUGGGCAGGUUAAUUCUUUAAAAUGAGACCAUUGGGGCAGUUGAGAUUUCUGUGUAACUCCCACCUACCCCUCUCCUAAGUCACAAUUUUCUCCUAAGCGAGAAGUGAUUGUUAAUGCUGACUUAAGGGAGGGGUAGGCGGUCUGUUAACCAGAAACCUGAAUUGAUCAAUUUUUUUUUUAAAAACUUUCCUCUUUAUAGAAAGCGGAAGAGAAGUACUUGAAGACUGCAAAACUGACUCCAACCGAUCCGAGUCCUUUUCGCCAACUUGGAAGGAUGUAUGCUAUUCCACUUCUGAAAUCCAAAGCUAAAACUAACACCAAAAAAGCGUUCAAAAAGGUUAGAUCUGUUGGUUUCACUUUGAUUUACUGGCUUUUAAUCGUCACAUGACGAAGAAGUUUAUUUUCUAGUGAUACAGCGGUUUUAAAUGUUUGCAUCCGUUAAAGAUGUUUUUACAUAAUGAUGUCAAACAGCGUUUGUUGACUAAGAUCCCCUUUGUUAUUGUUUGCCUUUUAGGCGGAAGGAUUCUUACGAAAAGGAUUGCUUUUAAAGCCUCCAGAUACAUACAGCCGCCUUUUACUGGUUCAACUUUACCUAAUAAAGGUGAUAAACUAACGGUUUUUGUACUUCUCGUUAACUAGAAAUGCAAAUUCCGGAGGUGGUGGAAAAACCCCAGUCCAUGGGCUACCCUCAUAGACUACCAAUAUGGACAACCCUAAAAUGGACUACGCUGCUGAAGUUCAUUUAUUACGGUUAGGAAACUGAGUAAAUCAGGUUCCAUUUAGUUUCUGCUUAUUGUACUAGAAAAACUGACCUGUAACUUGAUUCACUCAGUUUCUUAACCCUCAUCUCAAAACCUCAGCGGGGUUGCCCAUUUUAGGGUAGUCCAUGGGGCUAGUCCAUGGACUUGGGGGUCGGUGUUUUGUCCACCACCAAUUUUGGACUAUAUGAGCUAGCGGUCGACGUAGCUAGCGUAGGUUUCAAUAGCUAACCUUAUCGCUACGCAGCAUAGAAACAUGAUUCAUCUUUCGUCGUAAUAGAGAACACUCUGCCCAUGGCCAUUUUCAAAGCGCACGUGUGUUAUAGAUGCAUUUUAUGUACAAAAUUAACAUAUGCACACGCUUGCGGUUUACGUUAUUAGUUCUCCAAAUAUCAAUCGGAAUACUUCUUAACCUUUCCCAGUUUUUUCACGCACUUGACGUGAGAGGAAAACUAGGGACGAAUCAGAGGCGCGGGAAUCUUUUCCGUUGACCAGUAGGCGCGUUACAUUCCACACACUUUUUCAUUCUAAUACAAUUCACUGCAAUUCGUCAAGAAGUAGUAGCAGUAUAGUCAUUUUAUGGGAAAGUAAGUCUUGAAGGCCGCUUCGGAGAACUACGUUUUGUUUUUGUGUAUCUUGAUGUUUGAUUUUCUUUCUUACAGGGUAACUUUGACUCUGCUGAAACAGAAGUACGAUUAGCUCUCAGAUAUGAUGCAAACAGUACAGACGGUGACUUCAUUUUAGGAAGGAUUCUAGAGAUCAAAGGCUCACUGAGGGAAGCGAGAGAACAUUUUCAUAAAGUGCUCAAAAUGGAUUAUCGACACAGUGGCGCCUUCAGUGCUCUACAAAGAAUAAAUAACAAAACAGUGAACUACAGCGGUGCCUUUGCAUAUGUAAAUCCUUGA